UGCUGCCUCCCUGCCCGCCUGCCUCCACCCGCCGCGCUCUCACUGGGCUCUGCCUCCGAAAGGCGUCUUGGAAGAUGGAGAGUUUCCUGAGCUCGCGGUCCUUGGGAGAGGAGUCCCUCCAGAUGUGGGACCUCAACAAGCGUCUGGAGGCCUACUUGGCCAGGGUGAAGUUCCUGGAAGAGGAGAAUGAGCUGCUGAAAGCCGAGAUCCAAGGCCUGAAGGGGGGCUCGGCGGAGAACUCCUGGCGGGCCAAGUAUGAAGAGGAGGUGGUGGCACUCAGGGCUACUCUGGAUCAAGCGUAUCAGGAGAAGUGCAUGGUGGAGCUGGCCAGGGACUCCCUCUACGAAGAGGUCCAACAGGUGAAGAGCAGGUGCCAGAAGGAGAGGGCGGCUCACGAAGAGGCCAAGAUGUUCCUGUCCAUCAGCAAGAAGGAGAUGGAGGAGGAGAAGCGGACCCACAUUUGGUUGAGGGAGAAAGCCACCCAGUUGGAAAAGGAGAUCGAAGCCCUGGUGGAGGCCCACCAGGAGGAGUUGCUAGGGCUGGACCAAGAGAUGGCCAGCUUCUCCCAGACCUUUGACAGCUUCCGUGCGGGCCCAGUGUGCUUCCAGCCCGUGGAAGUCGAAGACUAUGCCAAGAGGCUCUCCAACAUCUGGAAGGGAGCGGUGGAGACCUACAAGAUGGAGGUCUCCCAGCUGGAGGCUUCCCUCUGCGAAGCCAAGGAGAACCUUUGGAAGGCCACCGAGCGCAACCGGCAGAACCAGCUCCAGCUGCAACAACUGGAGAAGGAGCUGGCCAGCCUCAAGGUCCGGAAGAAGAGCCUGGAGGACAGCCUCUCCCAGCAGUGGGCCCAGCAGCAGGGGGACGCAGAGAAGCUGCAGAUGGCCAUGGAGGCGCUGGAGGAGGAGAAGCAGUCGCUGCGCGGGCAGAUCUCCCACGUGCUGGAGGACAGGCAGCAGCUGAUGCACCUGAAGAUGUCGCUCAGUCUCGAAGUGGCCACCUAUAGGACCCUCUUGGAAGCUGAGAGCACGAGGCUGCAGAUGCCAGGCGCUGAGUUCCAGCUGGCCAGGGGGCUGCGAGAUGUGACAGCGGAAGCGACUCAAGGCAAGCUGCAGGGACUGCCGACGGAUCGGGGGCGCUCGGGGAGCCGGGAUGUCCGGCCCAGCCCUGUCGCUUUCCCAAAGGGGGCCCCAAAGCUUCGUGGAUUCCAAAGCAAAGCCGAGUCGGUCUCCGCCAGCCUCGGUCCCCUGGGGGCCAAGAACCACAGCUCCGCAGCGAGGGAGUUCCAGAAGGCCAACACCGCCCUCCGGCACUCUCAGCCCACCGAAAGCAUUGAGAGGCCGUUGCCGCCAAAGGAGGCCUCUGCUUUUAGCCUGGACUCCUCUCAGCAAAGCCAGAAGGUCACCCACAUUGAGAGCGUGGCCCAGUCCGUCUUCCACACACACACCCCUCUGCCUUUCAACUCCGUUGAGCUGGAGGAGGUUUCGGGAAGGUCCGCUGAGAGCCUCGAGCAACAAGAGGAGGGCGAAAAGGGAGCCCUGGCCCAGAGGGAGGCCGAAGGUACAGGAGGAAAUGAAGAAGAAGCCUUUGGAGAAAAGGAGAUGGAGGAUGACGAAGAGAGAUGGCUCAGCACUGAGCCACUGGGAAAGAGAGAAGUCCUGAAUGGGCCUUUUCCCAGCCAGAUGGUCACAGAAGCUUUGGAAACUGCCAUCCAGGAAGUGAACCGAAAAGAGGCUCACCUUGAACCCAGCUUGCUCAACGCGGUCAAAAGCCAAGCAGAUGAUUCUCUUGGCCACCCUUCAUCCCUGGAAGAGGAGAACAAGGACGCUGUUCCCCUAAGUACCGAGGUGCUGGAGAUGGCCCAGGAAGACCGCAUGGGAGAGGGUCAACCCACCAAUCUCCUAGAGGACCUCCAGGCCUGUGAAGACUUUGCUGAGGUCAACGGUGGCCAGGAAGCCUGGGCUGAGCUGCAAGGAACAGAAGAGGCUUGGCCGGCUCUGGGUGCAGAGGCCCCAUUGCCCCUGGGAGCAGAAUUGCCCAGGGCAGAGAGAAUUGUGGAAGAUGUAGCAGUUUUGGUCACUGGAAAAAAGGAGACUUAUGAAGAAACAGGAUCUCCGGAGUGGAAAGAAAGCGAUACUGAUGAGGAGUUGCCUACAUUACUGGGUAUGGCGCUGGGGAAUGACUUGGGAGAAGCACCCAAGCACCCUGAAUCUGCCACAGAGGCACCGAGAAAUGAUAGCAGUAACCAGGAGGGCUGGGAGCGUGGCAGCCUCCAGCCUGAUGUUCUUGGAGGAGCCUCAGAAGUGAACAUGGAGGAGGUCUAUGGAGAGGCUGAAGAUGUGGAGAUGGUGAGCACAGAAGAUCUGCCUGAGGAAACGAGAGAGCCCUGGAGUCCACCCAGAGAAAAUAAUCAGAGUGAUCUGCAGGCAGAGCUGCUGGGGAGGGAACAACUGCAGUUGGAAGGGAAUUCAGCAAGGGAGGACUGGUCACCCACCAUCCAUACGGCAUUGUCUGCGGGUGAACACCAAAAGCCUCUCUUCCUGAAGGAUGAGCAGGAGAAGUUUGAGAGCCAAGAAGAGCCUCUUCAUGAGACCGAUUCUGCUCUGCCAGAGCAAGAGAACGAGGAGAAGGGUUUAGACUCUGAGGUCUUCUGUGUGGAAGAUGCCCUGCCCAGAAGCUCUGCCAUAGAUGAAGAUGGCACUUUGGCAGAUGAGCCAAAGGCGAUCAAGAGCAGGGAAAUCACAGAAGAGGAUGAGAAGAAGGCACGAGAAGAGGUUUUCAAAUCCGAAAGUCUUCUCAGAGAUGAUAUGGGAGAUGAAGGAACAGUGGAGAGAGAAAGUUACUUAGAUUUGGAGGCACCCAAAAGUACCUUGGAACUGGGUGUUAUUUUGCCAGGUGAGGAUGUGGCAAGCCUUCAGGUGCAGGAGACACAUCAAGAAGAGCAAAGAACAGAGGUGCCUGAAGAACAGCCACUGGAGGAGCAGAAGGAAGGAGGAGGAGGGCUCUCAGAGUCUCUGCUGCAAGCUGAAGGUAGCGAGUUGAAGGAAAGAGACUUGAUGACAGCCUCUGAAGCACCAGAAAGUGAAGAAGUCACAGAUGCCCUGGAGGUGGAAGAAGUAACCGGCACCAUCAUGAGAGAAAACUUACUGCAAAGAAAGGAAAAUGCCCUUGAGUGCUCUGAAGACAAGGAAUUUGGGCUUAACAAUCAUCAAGCAGGAGAACAGCCAUCAGUGGCUGAAGGCCCCUGGACUGAACAGACCACGUGCCCAGAAGAAGACCAAGAGCUGGGAUCCCCCCCAGAGGCCAAGGGACCUGCAGCUGACCUCAUUUUCCAGAGGGAGGAUUCAAGGCCUGAGGAGAUCCUGGAACAUUUAGAAUCCAGCCCAAACUCCAACAAUGAGAGAGAUGGGACAGAAGAGGAGCACGUCAUCCUGCUAGAGGAGACGUUGCCAGAUCACACUGCCUUGCAUGUGUACCACGGGCAGGUGCUGGCCAUGACUGAGACUUCAUCCGUUCCUUUUCUGGAAAGGGAAGAGAUGCCUCUUUUGGCCCAAGAAGAUGAGCCACCUAUUUCAGAAGAAGACAGCGCAAGCAUUCUGCUAGCAAAGGAAAAUGGCAUGGAAGGAGGAGCUCCAAAAGAAGAAAGGGGUUGCAGUCCACAGGCUCUCCCUGAGGAAGACAGGCCUUGCUCAGAAGAGCCUCUGGCUGCAGAGGGAUUAGCAGAAGCUGUGAUCCAAACAUCACCAUUCAUGGGAGAGAAGGAUGAUCAGGGCAUGGUGGAGGCUGAGGUGACAAGAGAGGAGGAGCAUGAAGAACUGGAAGUGGUACCUGGCAGAGAUCCUGAGGAAGACCCAUGGCAAGAGGGCGAUGUGGAAAAAGGGUCCGAGGUUCCCAAGGAAGAGGUAGACUCAGAACUUGCUUUAGAACUAGAAGAGCACUGUGUGUUCCAAGCAGAUGGGUUUGACCCCAGCUACACCCAGCAGGAGGAGGAGGAGGAGGAGGAGGAGGAGGGCCCCCUGGAAAUUAGCGACCAAGAUCCUACAGAUGUGGCCCCCACAAAGGUUUCACCCCUGACCAGUGUUGCUGAUUUGGGAGAAAUAGUGCUGGAAGGAGAAGGUUCUUUGUCUGGUCCAAAAGGGGCUGUAGAAUCUGACGUUUUGGUAUCUUGUGAGGACGAAUGUUUCCACGUCUCAGACCCAGAAGAUCUGAUUCAGCAGAAAAUCAUGGCUGUGGAAGAUCCAUCAGGCACAGGCUUCCCCAAAACUUUCCCAGAGGAUGUGGUGGGCCUUUCACUAGAAAGCAGGAGAGACCAUGAUAUUCUAGAAAUUGUAGAACAAGCACUAGAGUUUAAUCAAGAGUUGAUCAAGGCAGCUGGGGAUGAGCUGGGAGCCCUUGGCAAGGACGCCCAGCAUUCCCCAGAAGAUAGGUCUCUCCAUGUUCCCCCUUCAUCUCUGGACCAGGGUCAACCCCAGGUUUCCACAGAGGCUCUGAAAAGCUCUUCUCCCAUGACCAGCAGCCCAAAACAAAUCCAUCCAUUGGUAGAAAGCAACGCUAAUGGGCUGCAGGAGGAACCCAGCUUGGAAGAGUUCACAAGCGAACUUCUCAACGGCAUUGGGCAGGACAAGACAGACAGUUCUGGAGAUGGUUUCAUCAAGGAGGUGACUAUCACCCCACAGUUCUGCACAGAGGGGUUGGACAACUUCCCCAUGGCAGAGACCGUAAGCCAGAGUCCACCACCAAUGCCAGCCAGCGAAAAAGGGUUUAGAAGUGGGGAGGUCAGUCCUGAAGUUCUCGAGAAGGUCUCCCUGGAUCAGGAAGGCCUGGAGACCCUAGAUGAGAACAUAUUGGAUGACCUACGGCAGAAGACCUGUGUGAAAGGAGGCAAGGAUACCGAGCUGGAGGCCAUGCCUUUCCUGUUUGGUGAUGAGAUUCACCGCCAACCCUUGGAAUUCCGGCCUGAAGGGGACAUGGAUCUCCAGUCUUCGGAAGACAACUGAAAGGUUGCCUUUCAGCCAUUAACUCCAGCCAGUGACAAACAGUGUAAUUCCCGCUAAAUGCAUCACUUCUUUUUCAGUUCCACAAACUUUUCUUUUCCUAGCUCCCUUCCUUCUCUUUGAAAUUCGAGAUAGUCCCACUGACAAUCAAAAGCUUGGUUAGGCAACAUUUUCACCCCUUUAACAUUUUCUGUGAUAGGCUUUUUUAAAAUUCUUUUUUAAAAGAAAAAAGGCAUUCGAGUCCAGAGUCUGAUAGCAAGGGAGCAGUCGUGUUCACCUUAAGUGUAACCAGCAAUUUGGGAAGCCGUUUUUUAAAAAAAGAAAAUCUUAUGUUUCAUCUGCUCCCAGCUGUACCCAGGAGGAAAAUGAGUUGUUUAGUAAGAUCCAAUGUCACACCCCCUUUUUAUAAGCGUGGCACCCUCAACCUCUGAACUACGUUGCCCCAAAUAUUGGAGGCUGCAUUAUUGAUGCAAAAAUGUUGGAGCAUUUUUUCUCCCACCUCUUGGGUUUUUGCUACUGUGGAGUUGUCCCAGCAGAUUUUUACGAUGCCCCCUCUACCGGGUCAGAAGUGCUUCAUCUACAGCAGAGUUUCUCAACCUCAGCAACUUCAAGAUGUGUGGACUUCCACUCCCAGAAUUCCCCAGCAUGCUGGCUGUGGAACUCCCAGAAUUUCCCAGCAUGCUGGCUAGGGAAUUCUGGCAGCGGAAGUCCACACAUCGUAAAGAUUGAGACUUUUUCUGGUAGCAAAGCCUGUAACAUACCGGCGUGCCUUACUCUAGGAAAAAGAGGAACAAAUUCAGGAGGAGCAUCGAGCAGCCCACUGGCCGGCUUCCCAAGCAGCCACCCCUUUCUCUUCAAAGCGGGGCUCAGAAAUUUGCGUAGGCUUUGCACCAGGCCGUUUCUCCUGGGUAAAAGAGCUGUGCUCCCGUCUGCUCCAAGGGUAAAGGGAUCAGCCUAGAAGUGAGAGCCGUUAGGAAGUUUAGCUAAGAGUUGACCCCGGAGUAGUCUGGGAGUUUUCAGCAUCCUCAUGAUUCCCUUUCCCUCCCUUUGUUCUCUCUCUUAACUGGAUCUUUCAGGAAUCAUUUUUUUCUGUUAUCCCCUCCCCAUUUAUCUGUGGGGGGGGUGUCAGGACACCCAUUUUGGCAUAUGUGCCAUUGUUUUUAAAUGGGAUGGAUCUAGACCGCUGGCAACCCCCCUUCCCUCCUCUCUGUAGAAAUAUCAGGAUGUUCCUUUGCUUUUAAGAGGGAGGGGAAACUCACAGCACUUGAAAGCCCCCGGUAACCUGCUCCUGAGUGUUUGGUAAGCCGAAAAGCGUGGCCUUGGGAGCUGGGGAGGGGUCUCUGAGGCACCUGCAUUUGGCUGGGGAGUCGGCCAGGGCAAGGCUCUUCUAAUUUCCUUUUGGACCUGCUUGGGGCUUUGGACUGGCUUUAGGGAGCAAUCCAGGGGGGAUCAGGUGGGCCCCUAACCCGGUGUGGCAUUUUCCCCACACCCUGCAGAGUGUUGCCACAAUUCCCUUUAGAGAAACCGCGCAUGGGACUCCCACUUCCAUUUCGGCCAUGAUGCUCAGGAUAUCAGGGCUCACCCGAGAUGGUCCAGAUCCACGGCUUUGAGCAAAGAAAUCCAGUUCUUCAUCUGGUCCUUCUCCAGUUACGUUUGUGAUGGAAAAGAGGAGAAAUUGGUCUCGGCCGGCCAGCCCUGAUGUUCCCAGAACUCACAGCCAUUGCUGGCAGGAAUUGGAACAAACUCAGAACCAGUGCGCGUCUCCCCCCGCCUCGUUUUACAUGCCCGGCUCUGCCAACGACAGUCCCCUAGCAUCGGCUUCCUGCUUUGGACGAGAGGGUUUGAAGGGCGAAAUCCAGCUGUGCUGAUGAAACCUUGGCCUCGGAAGAUUCAAGCAAGACUACAGAAGCGUAGCAGAGCGGGAACAGAAAUUUCCCCAAAUGUGAGUUUGAUUCCCUCUCUUUCUCUUUUGAACGACAAGGAUUCAAGCACCAAUCCAGGCCCAGCCCAACCUCAGUCCUUGGGCAGUGUUCCCCAAAGGGUAGAGGAGAGCUGUGGAUGGGGACCGAGAGGGUUGCUUCCGGUGUAAUUUUUUUCCUGCACUUGACGCCUGAUCAGUGCCUUCUACAGUAAAGACGAUAAACCACCUGAGCUCUCCGUCGGUGCCUCUGAGACACUAAUAAAGCAAUUGAUUUCCUACCACG